UCCCCCUACAGCUAGGGGGGCCAGGGGCGACCACGCACUCGUUGCCUUGUCCUGCUUCCUGCGUGAGGCCGCUCGGGUGUCCGCGCGUGUAGCGUUACUUUUGAAAAUAAGAGCUGUACGUUGCGUUAAUGGGCGAUGGCAGCUCUGCCACUUGGGCAGAACUAAGGCUGGGUAGUCGAAGCAGGUCUAAAUUGGAAAUAGACAUGACUAACCGAGAAGAAGCUGAGAUACAAAUUUCUGAAUUAGACUUACUCUCCAGCAUGUUUCCUUAUGAAGAAGAGUUCAUGGUGACUGACCAGCUAGCUAUAGCAGAACUGAAACACUAUGUUGAAAAUCAGUCUGCAGAGAUGCCAUCUUCAAAAGUUCAAUUUAUACUGAAUGUAAAGCCAGAGGUCCCUGAUGCCUCUACGGUGGAGUUUUCCAUGUCCUGUGCUUUACCAUUUAAAUAUCCAGCUAUUCUACCAGAAAUUACUGUGAGGUCACCACUGUUAAGCCGCUCUCAGCAGAUUCACCUGAACUCUGAUCUAAAAACAUAUUUGAUGCAAAACUGCAGUGGUGAGCCUUGCAUGUUGAGUGCAAGAGAAUGGAUUAAAGAUCAUGCAGUUGCUUACAUUGACAAAGAGCUUUCGUCUUCCUCAGUCACGACAUCAGAUGCUAUGCAGUCAGAAGACACCAUUUUCACUAGACUGUGGAUCUAUAGUCAUCACAUCUACAACAAGCAAAAAAGAAAGAAUAUUAUUGAUUGGGCCAAGGAGCUCUCUCUGUCAGGGUUUUGCAUGCCUGGGAAACCAGGUGUUGUUUGUGUAGAAGGUCUGCAGAGCGCUUGUGAAGAGUUCUGGUCCAGAAUUAGAAGAUUAACGUGGAAGAGAAUUUUAAUUCGUCACAGAGAAGAUGUUUCUUUGGAAGGCGGAGGACAUGAUGAGAUUCAGAAACAGAGAAAGUUCUCCACUUUGGAAGAAAAAUGUUUUGAUGCACAUGGUUCCAGAGGAAAUCAUAUGGAUUUGGGGCAGCUGUAUCAUUUUUUAGAAGAAAAAGGAUGUGCUGACAUUUUUCAAAUGUACUUCGGAGUUGAAGGACAUUAGAUUGCUACAGGUCCAGAUGCCCAUGUUUGUAAAUUAAUCCUUUAAAGAGAUUACAUAGCUUUUCUGCAAGAGUUAAUCAGAGAAGGGAUUGAUAAUUUUUACUUUAUACGAUGAUUCCAGUUUUCCAUGAAAACGAAUAUUUAGUGAAAUCUUGAAUAAUGAAAAUGACUAAAGGAAUGCUUUACUAAAGUGUUGGAUUUUAAGACUGUUAGUACAUGUACCUGAUUACAAAGACAGAAAAAAUGUUUGAUUAACCUCCUGGGCAGAGUUCCAGAACAUGGAAUUACAUGUGGAGGAGACAAAAAAGAAGCGUAGACAUCUCAGGAAAGGAAUACUGAUGUUUACAUUAUUUAUUACUCUGUUUAUGUACGCUACAUAAAGACUUUUUGGUAGCAGUC